AAUCUCCAUAUCAAGCAGAUGAAAGACUGAGAGAGCGAGAAUGGGCGUAGAAAAUCUGCAGAAAUGGACUCCGCUCAUCAAAGAAGCUUUUCUUCAAUCUUUCCGUGUUGCCAAAUUCUUCUGCGCAAUUCACAUCACCAACACCUAUGUUUGUACCUUCGCUCUGACCAGAGGGCCCAGUAUGCUCCCGACGUUCAAUUUGACCGGAGAUUUUGUCUUGGCGGAACGGCUGUCGACCCGGUUCGGCAAAGUAGUGCCCGGAGAUGUGGUCCUGGUUCGGAGCCCCGAAAACCCGAGGAAGAUUAUCAACAAGCGAGUGGUGGGCAUCGCUGGUGAUACUGUUAAAUUUGUUGCGGACCCGAAGAAUAGCGAGAAAGAGGACACUAUUGUGGUACCAAAAGGGCAUGUUUGGAUAGAAGGAGAUUUCAAGUAUAAUACUACUGAUUCAAGGAAAUUUGGGCCAGUUCCAUAUGGACUUAUUCAGGGCAGAAUCAUUUGGAUUGUCUGGCCUCUGGAGGAUUUUGGAUCUGUGGGAAGAGAAGUAAAGUAAUUUGAUUUCAGAAGUGCUACUAGUAAAGGUUGAGUCUUUUACACAAUUCCUAGAAGUCUCGACACAAAUGAUUUGUUGCUGCAGAGGCGCAAGCCAAGUAACUCUCUAGACAUUCGCUGCUCAGAUUGCUCGUUUGCUAGCGAGUUGUGUGUGCUAUUUUGAGAAGCUGGAGUAGUUUAUCUUGCACCAUCUUUUCCAAAUGAAACCGUUUCAUAUAACAGGGUAUGAUUUUAGGGCUUUGAAAGUGGUGAAAAGACACAAGUUUGUGGAAAGCUGCCUGCACUAAUUGCAUCUUCCCAGAAUUACAACUUUUCUGAAAAUUACUGUUGCAGAAAGUUUAUUCUCCAUUUUGUUGCUUUUUCUUCUUAUUUAAUGCCCUUUAGGUUGCAAAAUCUCUCAUCUAUCCCUGUUAACAGUUUAGACAUUUGUUACAGUCUUCACACCUGUUAAUAAAAGUACUUUGAUUUAAGCA